CUUCUCCCAAAGGAGCUGCAGUUACCACCUUCCAGAGAAACAUCUGUAGCAUCCAUGAGCCAAACAAGUGGUGGUGAGGCAGGUUCGCCUCCUCCAGCUGUAGUUGCUGCUGACAUUUUUUAAAAGGCUGAAUGCCUUGUUUGACUUCCCAAGAUAAUAAGAUAUAGAAAUAUAUGCCAUUGCCUUAGCUGGCAAUUCAGGAGGAUUUGCCUCUGAAGCAGGGAGUGUCUGCAUUAAAAAUGACCUGUAGUUCUCUGCUUCAUAGAUGCUUCUUCAGCUCCUUCCUCUUCCUCCAUGGGCGGUGCUUGCAGCUCCUUUACCACCUCUUCCAGUCCUACCAUUUACUCUACCUCAGUCACCGACAGCAAGGCUAUGCAAGUGGAGAGCUGCUCCUCAGCCGUGGGGGUAAGUAACCGAGGGGUAAGUGAAAAGCAGUUAACCAGUAACACGGUCCAGCAGCAGCAGUCAACGCCGAAGAGACACACAGUGCUGUACAUCUCGCCACCACCUGAGGACUUGCUGGACAACAGUCGGAUGUCCUGCCAGGAUGAGGGGUGUGGAUUGGAAUCAGAACAGAGCUGCAGUAUGUGGAUGGAGGAUUCACCCUCCAACUUCAGUAACAUGAGUACCAGUUCCUACAAUGAUAACACUGAGGUGCCACGUAAAUCACGCAAACGAAAUCCAAAGCAGAGGCCAGGGAUCAAACGCCGAGAUUGCGAAGAGUCCAACAUGGAUAUCUUUGAUGCCGACAGUGCCAAAGCGCCUCACUAUGUCCUUUCUCAGCUCAGCACGGACAGCAAAGGCAACUCAAAAGCAGGAAAUGGAGCGUCGGAGAGCCAGAAAGGAGCUGGAGGGAAGAAGACCCCAAUGUUGUGUGGUCAGUAUCCAACCAAAAGUGAGGGGAAGGAGCUGAAGAUAGUGGUGCAGCCGGAAACCCAGCACAGGGCUCGUUAUCUGACUGAAGGCAGCCGAGGCUCAGUGAAAGACCGAACACAACAAGGUUUUCCAACUGUGAAGCUGGAAGGUCACAACGAGCCGGUGGUGCUGCAGGUGUUCGUGGGCAAUGACUCCGGCCGAGUGAAACCGCAUGGCUUCUACCAGGCCUGCCGAGUUACUGGGAGAAACACCACUCCCUGUAAGGAGGUGGAUAUCGAGGGCACCACUGUUAUUGAGGUGGGACUGGACCCUAGCAACAAUAUGACACUGGCGGUUGAUUGCGUGGGAAUACUGAAGCUGAGAAAUGCUGAUGUCGAAGCUAGAAUUGGGAUUGCUGGUUCCAAGAAAAAAAGCACACGUGCCAGGCUGGUAUUUCGUGUUAACAUCACUCGCAAAGAUGGUUCCACAUUGACUCUGCAGACACCUUCUUCCCCAAUUCUGUGCACUCAACCAGCAGGAGUUCCCGAGAUCCUAAAGAAAAGCCUGCACAGCUGUUCGGUGAAGGGUGAAGAGGAAGUUUUUCUAAUUGGCAAGAACUUUCUAAAAGGAACGAAAGUGAUUUUCCAAGAGAAUGUUUCUGAUGAAAAUUCUUGGAAGGCAGAAGCUGAAAUAGACAUGGAAUUGUUUCAUCAGAAUCACCUUAUUGUGAAAGUGCCGCCGUAUCACGACCAGCGAAUAACCUCAGCUGUUUCUGUGGGAAUUUACGUGGUGACCAACGCUGGGCGAUCGCACGACGUGCAGCAGUUUACCUACACUCCAGAUACAUCAGCUGGUACUCUGAAUGUUAAUGUGAAGAAGGAAAUCUCCAGCCCAGCCCAACAUUGUUCUUUUGAAGAGGCUAUAAAAGCCACCAGUUGUAAUCUGGAGAAGGUAAAUAUUCUUCCUAGUGCCUUGAUAACUCCGCUCAUGCCAAGCAGUAUGAUUAAGAAUGAAGAUGUGUCUCCAAUGGAAGUAAGCGCAGAAAAAAGAUCUCCCCCUGUUUUCAAGGCUUCGAAAGUAGUUGGACCAACUCAGCAAACUUUAGAAAGCAGUAUGCCUGGCAUACCAACUUCUGCUUCCCAUUUACCUUCUGAAAAUGAAAAGCAGCAACAAAUACAGCCUAAGGUUUAUAAUCCAGAGACUCUAACUACUAUCCAAACGCAGGACAUUACCCAGCCUGGUAGCUUUUCAUCUGUCUCUACUCCAGGUCAGCUGCAGAACAGUGACACAUUAUUGCAGCAAGCUGCACAGUUCCAAACAAGAGAUUCCCAAACCAGAGAAGUCUUGCAGUCAGAUGGCACGGUAGUCACUUUGUCACAAUUAGCUGAUGCUUCACAGCAGCAACAAUCUACACUACCAGAACCAGCACAGGCGUUACAGCAACAGAUUUCAUCAAGUAUUUUCUCGUCAGCGAGUGGUGUGAGUCAGUUGCAGAACACUAUACAGCAAUUGCAGGCUGGAAAUUUUCCAACUAACACUGCCACAGGCAGCAGUAGAAAUGUAGACUUGGUGCAGCAGGUACUGGAAGCUCAACAACAGUUAUCUUCUGUUUUAUUUUCUGGGUCUGACAGUAAUGAGGAUGUUCAAGAUCAGCUAAAUGCAGAUAUCUUUCAGCAAGUUAGUCAGAUACAAAAUAGUGUAAAUCCUGGGAUAUUUUCCUCGUCAGAUACAGCUGUCCAUUCCAGACCAGAGAACCUUUUGCCUGGAAGAGGUGAAAAUGUUCAUUCACAGCCCGAAAAUACAUUGUCCAAUCAGCAACAGCAACAACAGCAACAGCAGCAGCAGCAGGCAAUGGAGACUUCUGCAGCAAUGGUGAUAGGAAUCCAGCAAAACAUUUGCCAGGCUGCUACACAGAUGCAGUCCGAUUUGUUCUCUUCAACAACUUCAGGGAAUGGAGCCCUCCAGCAGUCACCUGUUUACCAGCAGGCUUCUCAUCUAAUGAGUGGGUUAUCGACGAGCGAAGACAUGCAAAUGCAGUGCGAAUUAUUCUCUUCGUCUCCUGGUGUUUCUGGGAGUGAGACUAAUUCUACAGCUCAGCAGCAGGUCAACAACAACGGACCUGCUCUAUUUCAGGCAUCAAGUUCUGCAGAUGGAGAGGAAGCUUCAGGACAGAGUAAACAGAUGCAAAGUUCUGUAUUUCAGACCAUGGUUCAAAUGCAGCACAGUGGAGAAAGUCAGUCUCAAGUUAAUCUCUUUUCAUCUACCAAAAACAUGAUGACUGUUCAGCCGAGUGGAGCUCAGCAGCAAGCAGGCGGUCUGUUCCAGCAGGGCGGAGAAAUCAUGUCUAUUCAGCCUGCAAACUUUAUGCAGCAAUCUCCACACUCACAGGCUCAGCUUUUUCACUCUCAGAAUCCUAUUGGUGAUACUCAGAAUAUAUCACAGGAGGCACAAGGCUCCAUUUUUCACAGUCCAAAUUCCAUUGUCCACAACCAGACCAAUACUAAUUCGUCAGAUCAACUGCAGCGUCCAAUGUUCCAUUCACAGAGCACCAUGGGUGUAUUACAGAGCUCUUCAGUUCCUCAAGAUCAGCAGUCUGCCAACAUGUUCCUUUCCCAGACUUCAAUUAGCAACCCAGCAACUCAAGAGGAGCAGAUGUCAUUCUUUACAAACCCAAGUUCCAUUUCUCCUCUUCAGGCAGCAGCAAACACUGAGCAACCAACUUCUUUCCAACAGCAGACACAGAUAUCUCACAUCCAGAGUUCUAUGCUUCCCCAGGAGCAGCCACAGGCUCAGCCUGCUCAGCAAGGUUUGUUUCAGCCUCAAGUACCAUUAGGCUCCAUCCAGUCCAGUUCAAUUCCCCAGAACCAACAAGGAGCUAUCUUCCAGCCUCAGCAUUCAAUAGUUGCUAUUCAGAGCAGUCCUCCGUCUCAAGAACAGCCACAGCAGCAGCAACAGAACAUGAUGUUCAGUAAUCAAAAUGCAAUGAGUACAAUUGCUUCUCAAAAGCAGAACAUGAUUUUUAACCCAAACCAAAACCCUGUUACUAAUCAGGAACAACAGGGCCAGUCCAUUUUUCAUCCACAGACUAACAUGGCGCCAAUAAACCAGGAACAGCAGCCCAUGCAAUUUCAGAGUCAAACUACAGUGUCUUCUCUGCAGAAUCCUGGAUCCAGCCAGGCCGAAGCACAGCAGCCAGCCAUCUUCCAUAACUCACCCCAGAUUCAGCUGGUCCAAGGGUCACCGAGUUCUCAAGAGCAACAGGUCACCCUCUUCAUCUCUUCAGCUUCCAUGUCUGCCUUGCAGAACAGCAUGAGCCAGCAAGAUCUGCAGCAGUCUCCAAUGUACUCUUCUCAAAACAGCAUGGCAGGAAUGCAAGGAACUGCUUCUCCUCCACAGCAGCAAGCUUCUUUAUUUCAUAACACAGCAGGGGGUGCUAUCAACCAGCUGCAGAAUUCUCCUGCUUCAUCUCAGCAGACUUCAGGAAUAUUCCUGUUUGGCAUUCAAAACAACUGUAGCCAGCUGCUGCCUUCUGGCCCGGCUGCACUGCCUGAUGAGUUGAUGGCUAUCAGUCAGCCAGGUCAGCCGCAGAGCGAGGGACAAGCAGCAGUGCCAGCGCUUCUCUCCCAGCAGAUACCUGAGACUUCUCCACUACCUUCAGCUAUGGCACCCAGUCAGAAUAUUGAGAAAAUAGAUGAUCUGCUUGUUUCACUGCAAAACCAGGGGAACAACAUGACUGGCUCAUUUUAGAAAGGCAAAAAUUCUGAGAAGAAAGAGGCGAUGACUUCCUGGAUCCUCUCAGACCUUGUGACUCUGGAUUAGGCAGCGUGGAACUGAUUGCUUCUGUCAAAAAGUGGCCCUCUUUUCUAAGAGCACACGUGGCCAGUUGCAGUGUCUAGCACCUAAGGCUAUGACUGUACUAUUUGAGAUUCAAGAUUCGUAGUGCCAAUAAUGCUGAAAAGCUAUGCUUUGUUCUACGGGGGCGUAGGACUGUGCUGUUACCUGACUCCUACUGCCCGCCGAGAGUGGCAUGCUCUCUGAAUUUAAAGCAUAUCUGGUCAGUUAUUAUUGUUGUUAGAAGGUAAUACAUACUACCGUGUUUACUUUAUUUUUUCCCCUUCUCUUCCUUCUUCACAUCCCCUCUUUUGACUCUUUUGAAAAGCUAGCGAAGCAGAAACAUCAAAUACCCGUGACCUAAAUCGUGACUCGUAGCUGUCAGUAAGUGAAGGGACUGGGUGUUCUACAGUUAAGUGGGAGAGCUAAUACUCUGAUUUAUUAACUGCAGUAGGGGCAAUGAAAAUAUUGACACACGUAACAAAUGAGCAGAGAAUUGCUUGCUGCUGUAGUUGGCCUGACAGAGGUGCGUGCUUCCCAUCUAAGAACGUGAUUAACGGUUGUCCGUGUCUCUUACAUGUAGCUGUACGCAGAGCAAGGGGUUGGUGGCUCUAACUGAAGAAACAGAGGGGAGCUUUCAGUUAAAUUAUGCUCUAAAAAUCUUAACCUCUUAAACACCUUCAACUUGAAAAGCACAUUCUGCCUGGCUGACGAAACAACUCCUUUUGGUCUCCCAUGCUGACUGGAUGGGUCAGAACGAGUUGAAGCUGCAUUUCUCACUCUCAAACUCGUUUUUUCCUUUUUGUUCUUCUUUAUGCUUUCCCUUCUCUCUUCCUCAGUUUUGUGUUAUGUUGUUGGAAGUGUUAGAAAUAUCCUGCUCCCUUUCAAGAUCAGAAGCAGCUUUUAGGAGUCCAUGGCACCAACUCUUGUGCUGUUAAAAUGCUUGGUCAAACAGGCUCUGAGAAAUAAAGGUUAAGGAAAGAGGGAGCAAUUUUUCUGCAUCCCUUCAAAUGUGGGAAUCCCCCUUCACCACUUGCUUUCCAGCUGUUGCUGUUGUAAAUCUUCUGUUUGACUUUACUCCAAAUGGGGGGAAAUUAAAUCAUUUUUACACGUUCUCGAAAAUUUCAGUUUAUCCUGAGCUGCUGCAUUUUGUAGCUCGUUGCAAAUUUGAAGUGUUAUUUUCCUCCUGACAGUCCCCUAGGCACAGCUUCUAGAUUGUCAGACAUUGACUCGUUACAGAAUGUAAAGCCAACCCACUCCAAACCAUGCAGGUGUGUUGUGAGGCAUGUGAACUUUUGGGUGCUCCAACUGUCCAGUAGGUUUUGUGAGAUCUCACUACAGCCUUGUUCGGAUAUUUGUUUCUCCUCCUUCUGCACGUAGAAAGCUGUUAGAAAGCUGUUAACGCAGUUAGAGCCCAACAGCUGUCAUGUAUGGCUAUUAUGCCUCGGUAUAGUGUAGUUGAUAUCAUGUCAUAUUUCAUUUUUGUUAUUUUGAAUAACAAAGGAUAGUCUGUAAAUGGUUUUUAAGUUACUCUCGUCUGUUUACUGUGUUUCUUCCCUAACUCGUGUGCUUAGUUGAGCCGUGUAGAGUUUUUGUUUUAAUGGUUCUUCCUGUUUGUCGGUCUGUCACAGCGUUCAUUUUCUCUUUCUGUCUCUCUUUCUCUCUCUCAUUGAGAGGCAUUGAAUUACGUUUUCAGUAGUAAGGCUUCUUGCCGAUAUGAAGGGAACUUUUCAGAAAGAGACCUGCUCUGGGUCAUUUAAUUUUGAAUACAGUUUUCAAUCGUUCAAGUUUUGGAUGGUUUAUAUCUAAUGUGUGUUUCAUUUUUUUGGAAAGCUAUAUUUUGUAUUUAGGAAAUGGUAUACUAUUUUGCUAUUUGUACUGAGUGAGUACAUUGGCAUAAAUAUAAAAAUUUAUAUAUAUACAUAUAUAUAAAAUAUUCUUUUUGCCACACAUUUUUGUGGUAAAUUUGUGAGUUUGUCUGAUGUUCUACCACAACGUGGCGUCUGAUAACAGUGGGUGGGGUGGGGUUUGUUAUGUCUUUAUUGAGUAUUUAAGUCCUUUUUGCAGCAUAAAUGACUUGUUCAUCUCUCGCCAUUCCAUCAGGCAGUGGUUUGUUCCAGCUGGCCAUGAGAAGCUUCACCGCGCGGUGCUGUCUGCCGCUCAGCAGUUCAGUGUAGUGCAGAGCCCCGUAGCAGUUAGGCGCGGAGCGGAGGACGGGGUUUCGUUCAGAAUGAGCCAUUCAGCUUUUAUCCUCUAUCAUUGUCUAUUUAAUAUUUUAUUAUUAGUGCCUCUAUGUUUUAACUUUUAAUUUAUGAUUAUGCUAAAAUGUUUAAAAUUUUAAUCACGAUAAAAAGAAUUCCCUGCUUCGUACUGCCCAGAGCUGCUUUGUAACCCUGAACCAUACUUUUUCUUCCUGUGAUUUAUAUAUAUAUAUUUUUCUGCUAAGAGCAAAUAUUAAUAAAACCCUGUUAUGGUUCAUGACACGAAAAUAGCAACCUCGCAGGACUAAAUGCUAGUUGAGGAUGCGUAGAAGACUGAGAAUUGUGGACCGAAACAGCUUCCAGAUGGCUGUGAAAGUCGAUAGCCAGUUACCUACAGAUGAGCUGGUGGCUUUGCAGGAUCCCAGUCCCAGGACAAACUGUCGGGUGUCAUCUGGGGCCUUCAUACACAGAAGAAGUAAUAGGAAUGACACGUUCACCUGUAUGCUGCUUCAGUUUGUUCCGUUGUUCUGAAGGUGUGUCCUUUUGCUGAAGUGUUGUUGGUCAGUGCCAAGUCACCAGGGACCAAUUUUCCAAUUCAGAAGUUGGGUGUCCAAAAGAGAACUUUAUACCAAGACUGCUACAGCUCCAGGGAAGGGUGUGUUUGAACGGUGUGCGUGUGUUAGGUGGCUUAUUUAAAAAGAAAAAAGAAAAAGAGGAAAAAAAAAAAAAAAAGGGCUGUGCUAUCACAUUUUUCACUUUUGGAUAACACCUUUCAUUUAUUGUGUUGAAAUUUAUCUCGUUUCAUUUUAGGUCAAUGUUUAAAUGUACAACACUUUGGACACGUGAUUUGGUUACAAAAGCUAUUUGUCUUAUGAAGGAAAAGAUUGCUCAGUGGUUGAUUAGUGCUGGAAAUGCUGCUUGCAAGCAGCUGUAACGAGGGCUUUGAUAAGCCAACAACGAGCGUAAGGGCAGCCUGCAGGAUUUCAUGGCAGAAAGAGACAAGAGCAGCAUCAGCUGCAUCGGUUUGCUAUCAGAGUCCUGAGCAUUCGUGACAACCAGUUGAUGCUGAUAAUUGGAGCUUAUUCUGUGUUUUUAACCUCUUUGUUCACUCCUCUGCACGUUGAUGCUGGUGUGCCUGUUGGACGGAGGGCGGGUGGACGCUGGCUGGCAUGGAGCUGAGAAGUGGUAUCACAUCCAAUCCUUUUUGCUGCAGAAAGUUGGGAGAUACUGAGACAUUUAAUCUGAACAUUUGAAGUUCCUAGCAUUAUUGUAAAAAAAAAAAACAAAACAACAACCCACUAUCACACACAAGGCAGCAGUUAAAUGCGAGAAAUGUUACUAGGUGGAAAGUGAAAAAACAGAGCUGUUUCUCUGAUGGGUUUUCUGUGUUUGUUUGCUGCUUGAGCUCUCUCUGAAGCCAUCUGAGCCUCCGUCCUAAACGUGGGCUGUUCCUCCAGUUGUAGAUGCUCUGCUGUCUGCCCAGUGCCUAUGUACCUGAUGGUUGAUGGAACAGAGAUUUAUUGGCACAGAUAAAAAGCUACAGAGGUGUAUCUGCUAACCACCAGCCUUGGGUUCAUGUCUGCCUGCACCUUGUUUGACAAGUAAAAAGAAACAGCAAACAAAACGUUGUAUGAAUAGCAUAAUACACAAAGUAAUGAGCUAACAUCUCCUGGCAGGAAGUUAUUGGUGCUUUGUGCUCCAUCAGCAACUCCACCUUUUUUUAAUUAAAAUUGCUCCUUUGCUGCUUACUCUUCCAGCAGCUUAUGAAGCCCAGUGCUUUGAUAUUUAACAUCAGAAUAGCUCAAGAAACAAUUCCAACCUUACAGCUUCCAAGUAGAGGUUUAAUCACCAGCUGUUCCAUUAUGUGUGUGUACAUAUGUAUGUAUAUUACUUUUUUAAAUCAUGGAGAGUAAUUCAGUUUUAAGAUAGAAUGAAACAUCAAUAAACUUCUGUAAAUUGAGCAGGCUUUCUUUAAUCUGGAAACAUUGAGCACCUGGCAGCUGCACUGACGGGUUUUGCCCUGGUUCAGGUAAUGGGAUCAGAAGGAAAGAUUGGUAGAAUUGAUGGUGUAGUUUCUAGAAUUAAACUCAUCUGAACAGUUCUUCGUUCAUGUCUAGAGUCUUCAGAAAGAAUACCAAACAAGUGGGAAACUUGUGUUUGACUUGAAGGAAAUUUGAAAUCGCAGGUUGAGUGGGAUUUUGGCUUAUUUCAAAUCAAAAUCAGAAGCUUUUAUCGGACUAAAGCUAAGCACAGCUCCUGCCCAACGCGUGUGCAGGCGUGCAGCGCGCGUUCAGUAAGAGUUGGUGAGGACUUUCCUGCCUGUUUUUCAGUCUCACGUCUCCGUGUGAUGUUGGUUUAUUUUUUCAGAGUUAUUACAGGAGAGCAGUGCUAAGGAUUGCAGGCCUACCUGAGCGAUGGAAGCGAGAGGGAGGAGAAGGAACUGCUUUGCAUGCGCUCAACCGUGAGUUGGAGGUGGAAGGUGUUCAUUUGUUUCGGGGGCUGUCUCUAAUUUGGAGUAGUCUUUUGGGAUAGAUUGAGAGAGCUUCAUCUUCCCAUUCGGGUGGAUUCUGCUGGCUGUGUGUGGCAGCAGCCAGCUGAGGGGUUACACAGGAGAGGAGAGGCCUUUCCUUUCGUACAGUCAGUGUAGGUGUGUAAAUAGGCAAUGCCUGUAUAUUGGGGAUUGUAUAUAUGUAUAUAGAGGAGUCGUAUAUCUAUUAUAAAUAGUCAGUAGACACGUGUAGAGUACUGCUGUAUUUACAUUUUUAUUACCUUGAAUUAUAUCCAUUUUUUCGUAUUUCUGAGGUUUUGCAGCAGCUCCUUGGUAGCUGCAGGACACCUUUCAGUACUGUACGUGUGGCACUGUUGGUAGCGUUGCUUUAGAAGCCGUCUCUGCUUCUGAAGGUCACUCAUGUCCGUGGGGUUAAAGUGGCUGUUGAAGUCAGCUAUACAGUUUUGUAUUUUUGUAUAUUUUUAUUAAUAGUUGCAAAUGCGGUGUGAACCGACAGCAGUGCCGGGUCAGCCCGCACCCACGUGUCCUCUGAGCGCUCUCCUAGAGCAGCACUGCUUCCUGCCUGCGCCUCCGAGCAGCUCCUGCAGGCACGGAGCGGUGGUGUUGUGCUCAGCUGAGCUGACACCAGCAGUGCUCUUACCGUGGGCUUACGGAUCUUUGCCUAGCAAGGGAUGUUGGCGGCUGCUCAGCGUGGGCUGCAGUUGGGUGAUGAUGCUGAGGCUUAGUCUGUAGGCAUUCCUCUUCUCUUUGCCCCGAUGCUUGCAUGCAAGGGGAGCAUCUCUCAAUUUGUUUUUAUUUUUGAAGUAGUUGCUAUCUGGAGCACUGUCUCAUAGGAGCCUUGUGAAAGCUCUCCCCAGUUCCGCCCUAUGGGAAACACUGUCCCAACCCACACCAGUUUCCUGCAGGUUGUCUGAGGAGUUGAGCUCCCUAAAAGGAAACCCAGAUUGUAAGCUCAGCAGCGUGUGCUUUGUCCACCAUGACUCCUCAGGCCAAAUCUGAUCGACCCCACUUCAGUUUGGCAUGAAGCUGAUCUGUAGAUAUUGUUGUCCUGGUGCAGGUGUUGUCAAAGCAUCUCUGCUAAACUGAAGGUAGCGUCCUCGUUUCUUUUCUCUGAGAUGAUUUCCACCGCUUCUGGAGAUGGAGAUCUGUAGCUUUUGCUAUCACAAUUGAUGAAAUUGCUCAUAACAUAUCAGUGUGCUGGGACGAGGUGAGGAACAAGAGGAUUUCACUGCCUCUUGAGGGAUACUCACCGAAAUUCUUUGCAAGUGCUCAGUUUAGCCUCCAAAAUUUCAGCACCUAGCCCACUGAAGGCUUUGUGUGUGUUAGUUGUAAUUCAGGUGAGGAAAGGGUCCUGUGUUCAGACGAUGAAAAUUGCCUUAUCUUCCCUUAGUCUGCAAAGCUGCCCCCUGUAAGCUGGUGAGGAUCUGCCCCGUGCCCCUGGCCCAGGCUGCCAGGCAGCAUUGCUGUGCCCUGCAGCCCCCAGGCACUGCCUCCCCCCAGGAAUCAUAGAACUGGAGGCAAGUUCCAGUGUCCCGCAUAAAAGCCCACAGCAUUGCUGAAGCUUUUUAAUUUUGAACGCUGUUUGAAAUGAGACAACUCCGCAUUUUUACUGGAGCUCAUUGAUGAUGAGUGAGCUCCGCAGUCAUUCAGAUCAGAGCAUUCUACCUCUGUUAACACCCGCGUCUGUCUUGUGGCGCGCCGCCUUUUCUGCCAUGUUGUCCUGCAGUGCACUGAUCAACCGCUGAGCUGCCUUUUCCCUUGUCCUGCAGUGUGAAAGUAGCACCAGAUAUUCCCUGUGCAUUUCUGUGUAUAUGGCUUUCGUAGAUGGGAUUUUCAAAGCACUGAUCCCCAGUGCUUUCGGUUUGUUCUAUGAGGGGGAUAUUUCAUUUGCAUCUAUGUUUUUAGCUAUCCUGUGAUAACAUGUUGAAUAUUAAAAAAUAAAAAUAUUUUGCUUCUAUUGGGACAUUUGUAUACUCGCAACUAUAUUUCUGUAAACAGCUGCAGUCAAGAAUAAAACAAUGAAAGUUUUCA